CCCGUUGAGAACUUUACUAUUUUAUUAACCCCCGCCAUAAGAACACAAAAAUUUGAUAUUUUUUCAAUUAGAUAAAGUUUGAACAUUUGCUAAAUUUUAAGUGAUUUUAAAUCUGUGAUCGGGUCACCAUGAGCAUCAUACAGGAGGAUACCAAGGCGAGUGUCCUCAGCGUGGUGAAGCCGCCACCGAGUUGGGUGGAAUGGUGCGAGCGGAAUGCCAAGCCGAUCCAGCGUCGUCUGUACCGGGAGAAGCGCUAUCUGACCAGAUGGCAGACUCCUGGCCCGAUGAAGAAGGCCCACUGGAGGGAUUUCUACGAGUGGGCCGCGACCAGGGCCAUGCCGAAGGAACUGCCGGAGCCGGUCAGGCAGCCCAUACCCUGCUUUCCAAAGUAUUUGCCAUGCGCUAGAAAGCCACGAGUUAUCGAUCCCGAGGAAUUCCAGGAGAAGGUGGCCAAAUUGGCCACGCCACUGGAACGGAAGAUGACACCAAAGCACCAGUACAUCUACCCAGUUCAUCCGUACUCCCCCAUAAUUGUCUGGGGUCAGCCACCCCUGCAUGAUAAGGGACGACCCUUCAAACCCCCGACGAAACCCUGCUGCUUCUUCAACGCGGACAUCGAGGACAAAUGGUGGGCCGAACUGCGUUUUCCCAUCAGAAAAGCCGCUCUCAAGGCCAGGAUAACUCCCCGCAUCCUCAGCCUGUCGAAACCGAAGAUCACUCCGCAAUUCCCACCACAUUGCUAUCAUCCGGAUCAUAUCUACGACGUCCUGACUGUCAAGCCGCCACCGAGGAAGAAGUUCACUCCCCAGGGAUGGCGACUCCACCAGAUCCGAUUGCUAUAUCUCUCCAAGCCGGUGUCUCGACCCGAAUACGAGUAUUUUUAUAUGUGAUUUAGAGUUAUAUGGCGUCCAAAGUAACUGUUUUCAAUGCAAUAUAAUUGCUUAUGAUAAUAAAUAUAUGAUGUGGUAAAGAAA